CUUGAAUCCCCAAGAAAUGAUGUUGAUUCUUGAUUGAAAAUCUACACUACAUCUAUUCACAUAAUAUCUACGAUAACUCUCCAAGGGCGAAGAAUGAGUGAAUCUGUCUCAGCUGGUGAAGAUGCAUAGUCAGGCUGCGACGCCAGCAGGCACCAGCGUGAGCACCAAAAAUGGCAGCAGAGCCUCAUGGCCCCUCUUCAGCUGAGCGGCGUCUCCGCACGUCCGCAGCUGAGCUGAGUCCCGACUCUGGUCUUCACCUCUCCUUGCCAUCGCUGCUUCUUCUUCUUCUUAAAUACACAUUUUCGGAGCGACAAAGAGGAAACGAGAGGAGCAUUCAAUUCUUCCUUCGUCCUCCCUCUUAAUCACACAUUUCCAACGAACGCAAGGACCAGGCGAGGAGGAAUACAGACGACAGACGACAAACGACAGACACGAUGGAUUUCAGCAACAACAACCUCCUCUACUUUUCGUCUGUCGCGGUCGGCUCUUUUCUCGUCAAAACCCUCGUCGACCAAUAUAGCACUCUCCCAUUCGACUACAUCUACGCCAGCAUCGAGGUCUACUCCUACGAUGAGGCAUACAACUACCUCAUGUACUGGCUGAUGAAGCAGCGCUUCGAUCGCAACAAACACCGACUCAUUGCGAGUACGAGUCUGACUUCUGGUCUCGAUUGGUGGGCCCGCGAUGACGAGAACGACGUUGACCUUGAUGAUGAGGAUGGUGAUGAGGGGGAAUUGGCAGCACUAGCCGCGGAGUGCACCGACGCAGUCACGAAUACGCGGCCUUUGCUAUGGACACCAUCGUCUGGCACCCAUUACUUCAAAUAUAAAGGGCGGUGGCUGGCGUUGACGAGAGAAGUCGAGGAGCGCGGGGCGCAGUGGAUGACACGCACGGAAAAACUGCGUGUAUCGUGCCUCGGCUGGGACACUUCGAUUUUGAAACAGCUCAUGGCCGAGGCUCGUCUAACCUUUUCGCAAAAGGAAAACGGGAAGACAGUCAUCUAUCGGGGUACCAUGGGCCCGUACGGCGACGAGUGGGUGUGGACGCGGACGACUUCCCGACCGGCGAGGCCUUUGUCGACAGUUUACCUCGACGAGUCGCACAAGCGAAACUUUUUGGCUGACGUCCAGCGAUACCUUCUCCCGUCAACCAGGAAAUGGUACAGCGACCGGGGUAUCCCCUAUCGCCGCGGUUAUAUGUUCCAUGGGCCGCCCGGCACUGGAAAGUCGAGUCUGGCCUUUGCAGCAGCUGGCUAUCUACGACUGAAUGUGUACAUUCUCAGUCUCGGGUCUCGCCGCCUAACGGAGGACGGCUGCGUCCAGAUGUUCCAGAAGCUACCCCGGAAAUGCCUCGUGUUGCUCGAGGACGUGGACUCGUACGACAUCGCCAGUAAACGCAAAAGCAGCAAGGAGGAGGACAAAGAGUCCAACAAGGACGAUAUCGAAACGAAGAAUGAGAUGACUCUGUCGGCGCUGUUGAAUCUUCUCGAUGGAGUUGCCGCGCAGGAAGGCCGCGUGCUCAUCAUGACCACGAACCAUCUGGAGCUUCUGGAUCCGGCGCUCGUCCGACCCGGCCGCGUCGAUUACAAGAUCCUAUUCAAGCUUGCCGAUCGUGAUCUGACCAAGAAGAUGUUCUGCAAUUUCUUCAGCGACGCCCCGACGGAGCUGCGGGGGCUACAGGACGAGAAGGGGCUGGGAGGGGAGGAUCCUCAUCUUCAAGAAUUGAGCGACGCUUUCGCGGAUAAGAUUCCCGACAACUCUUUCUCCCCCGCUGAUAUUCAAGGGUAUUUGCUUCAGAACAGCAGCGCUCCUGAAGUCGCUAUUGAUGGUGCGGCCGAAUGGGUAGUGAAGAGGCUGGAAGAAAUCAGAGUUCAGGCUGAAGAGGAAGCUAAAGCGAAGAAAGCUGCGAAGGAAAAGGCGAAGCGAGAUGCCGAGAAGAAAGCGAAAGAGGAUGCGAAGGGCGAUGCAAAGGACGAAGAGAAGAGCGAUGAGAAGAGCGAUGCGGACGGCGAUACCAAGGGAGAUGCGGACAAGCAGUCUUCAGAUGACGAGAAGCGAGAGGAGAAAGGAGAGGAGGAGAAGGGAGAGGAGAAGGCAGAAGACAACAAACCCAACGGGGAAACUACCAAAACGGAAGCCACCUAGGUACAAAGUAAAGAGAUUGCAUUGCCGAUAAUAGUCCACAUAGAGAAGGACACGACGACACAUGACGACAGCUCCAUCCCACCUCCAUUCCUAGAUGUUAUACUACUGUCGAUUUCAUAUUCUGAUUUUUUCCCAGUGUAGCUUGGAGUCUUCAAGUAAUGGAGCCUACGGCGUACAUGUCCACGAAUCCACAAUGCUCAGGGCUUGAUUCCCCGUCGCAUUUCAGGCUGUGUUUAGAAUGCGUGCUCAAUGAGCGGAAAAUACAUACACCCAAGACUCGGGGAGUGCUUUGAGUAGGAAAUGAACCUCG